AUCAUGUUUACCCUAAUCACUCUUCUUUCGUCCUUCGCUGCCUUGCCGGGCGUGUUCGGCGCCGCCUUGACAUUAGACGCCCGAAACGACACAACAUGCGUCAACAGUGCCUCAGAUAGGUCAUGCUGGAGCGAGGGUUACGACCUCUCUACUAAUUACUACGAGAAUGUGCCCGACACUGGCGUUGUGCGAGAAUAUUGGUUCAAUAUCGAAAACACCACAGCUUCUCCGGAUGGCUUCGAGAUGCCGGUCCAGCUCAUCAAUGGGUCCUUCCCGGGGCCAACGAUUAUAGCCGAUUGGGGCGAUACCGUCGGCAACCCUAUACUAAUGCCUGACAUCACAGUUGUGCAUGUAUCCAACUCACUACAGAACAACGGUACCGGUAUUCACUUCCACGGUAUUCGCCAGAAUUGGACGUCCGAGAUGGACGGCGUGCCCAGUAUUACCCAGUGCCCCAUCGCGCCGGGCGAUGCGGCCACUUAUACGUGGCGCGCAGUCCAGUACGGCACGGGAUGGUACCACAGCCACUUCUACGUCCAAGCCUGGGAUGGAGUUUUUGGCGGCAUCAUCGUCAACGGCCCGGCAACUGCCAAUUACGAUGUUGAUCUUGGACACAUAUUCUUGAACGACUGGUACCACAGCACGGCCGAUGAACUGGUCUUGAAAGCCGCCACCGGUGGACCGCCAACGGCGGAUAAUGGCCUCAUCAACGGGACGAACACUUACAACGACACCAUGGGAUCCCGUUUCGAGACCACUUUUGAAGCAGGGACAAGAUACCGUAUCCGCCUCGUCAACGCCGCGGCUGAUAGCCACUUCCGCUUCAUGAUCGACAACCACACCCUCGAGGUCAUCUCAACGGAUUUCGUUCCCAUUGUGCCAUACACCACGGACCAAGUGAGCAUCGGCAUGGGCCAGCGAUACGACGUCAUUGUCACGGCCAAGGACAUCACCAGUGGCAACUUCUGGCUUCGUGCCAUCCCGCAGGAAUCCUGCUCCGAGACAGACGCCGUGGAUAACGUCAAGGGUAUUGUUCGCUACGGCAACUCGACUGCAGACCCGACAACCUCGGCAUACAGCUACAGUGACUCGUGCCUUGAUGAGGCCUCGUCUAACUUGGUGCCCUACCUCGUCAUCGACGCACCCGAUACCAGCUCUUUCGAUGACAAUUCGGAGAUUGGCGUCCAAGUGACCGAGAACGCUCUGCUCUGGACCGUCAACGCUACUUCGUUCCAUACCGAGUGGGACUACCCAACCCUGCUGCAAGUGGCCGAGGGCAACGACACGUGGGCUACCAAACAGCACGUUAUUGAACUCCCGGAUGCGGACAAGUGGGUGUACAUGAUUAUUCACUCACCCUUUGCCCAAGACCACCCCAUGCAUCUCCACGGCCACGACUUCUGGGUCCUAGCCUCGGGCUACGGCAACUUUGACUCGAACCAGACGAGGAGCUUGCAGCUUGUGAAUUCUCCUCGGAGAGACGUAGCCAUGAUGCCUGCAAGUGGCUAUUUGGUGGUGGCUUUGCAGACGAAUAACCCUGGUGCAUGGCUUAUGCAUUGCCACAUUGCUUGGCAUACAUCUGAAGGUUUUGCGGUGCAGCUGCUCGAGCGUGAGUCCGAGAUGACAUAUGAUUACGAUACGCUCAGCUCCACUUGCGCCAACUGGAACAGUUACGUGGCUGCUGAAAACGUUGGCCAAUAUGAUUCAGGUGUAUAAGAAUCAUG